AUGGAUAUGCUUCAAAGGAAUACCUUUCAAAGAAACUCCCCUCCAAGGGAAGCCGUUCCAAGGGAAGAAGCCCUUACCUUUAGGCAGCCGACUAUGAUUGCUCGGGAGUUUGCUAGAACUAGAAGAGCCCGAGAUCCUUCAGCACCAAAGUUGAGUUUCUUGAAACAGAUGGCCGAGAAUCACCCUGAUCACAAGCCCCGCCUUUCAUUGAUAGUAUACCGCAUGCGUCCCAUGAUUUACCAUACUGCCAUAUGCGUUGAUAAGCGGGCAGAGUUUCAUUUCUUCGAUGGAGGCGGGGUGGUUGAGAUGAUGAGAUUAGACCCACUCGUCGCAUCCAUGCUCACAGUACCUGUGUAUGAGGAGAUCGAUCUGGGAAUGUCCAAACUCCCAUACUUCGAGAUCUACAAGUUUAUGAGAGAGAUGGACGAAAUAUCGUUUGCCCACGAUCAGUACGACUUAUUGUUAUGGAAUUGUAACCACUUUACGGAGUAUGUCGCUCAAAGGUAUGGCUGA